GAUUUUUAUCAGAUAAGAUCUCAAGUCCCCUUUUCUUCUCUGGCCUUGUGCCAUGUCUUUGCUGUUUCCCAAGAUGCUACAAAAGGUCUUCCUUUUCUUCAAACUAAUUGGCCUCGCAAUAUCAAUCACUUGGGACACAAUUGGACUCAAAAUAUCCGCUCGGAUCCAUCGCUUUACGUACAAGUCUGUUCCCGACCCGAAGAAUGUCGUUGUCGUCGGCGGCUCCUUCGCGGGCUAUUUCCUGGCGAGACAGCUUGCGGACUCUCUCCCCACCGGCUAUCGAGUCAUGGUGAUUGAGAAGCACUCGCACUAUCAUUUCACCUGGAACUUCCCCCGAAUCACCGUCAUCCAGGGCCACACGAAGAACGCAUUCAUCCCUUACCCGCAGCCAACUUCAGUCAAGCCCGACGGAAUAUACUCCUUCCGCCAAGGAGAGGUCAUCAAGAUCGGAGCCAAGGAGGUGAUACUGUCCGAUGGCUCCAACAUUCCGUUCGAGUACCUCGCAAUCGCGACUGGUUCGCAGGCUCGAUAUCCGGCCACGAUGGACGCCGACGACAAGGCCGGAUGCAUGAAAUUCUUCGAAGAGCGACAAGAACGCAUCAAAGCUGCGCAUCAUAUUGUCGUAGUCGGUGCAGGUGCGGCAGGAGUCGAAGUCGCGGGUGAUAUCAAAACCCAGUAUCCGCAGAAAAAGGUGACCUUGGUCCAUUCACGGGAGCAGUUGUUGAACAACUUCGGACGUGGUCUGCAUGAUAUAGCCAAGUCGGCUCUUGAAGAGCUUGGCGUCGAACUGUACCUGGGGCAGCGCGUCAUAUCUGGUCUGGAGGAUGACAACCCUACCGAAGUCACCAUUCAGAGUGAGAAGGUGCUCCAGUGUGACGCUCUGGUGAAUAUUCCGAAUAUGGUUGAGCGCAACCUGCUGACCACUUCACAGAUUAGGUGCACCGGACAGUACGCUCGCUCGGCCCUCGUCAAGGACGCGUUCCCAUCCUCGGUAUCUCCUUCUGGGUCAGUCCUUGUCGGGCAGACAUUGCAAAUCACUGGCGCUCCUCCGAACGUCUUCGCUUGUGGUGAUGUGAUUGAUCUUCCUGGUCCAAGGUUGGGAAGAGCAGCCGCAUUCCAGGGUAUUAUCGUGGCGCAGAAUAUUGUACGAUCCAUCAGCGGCAGGCCACUGAAGACGUAUAAGCCAGGAGUGGUGGAUACUUCGAUAGAGUUGACACUGGGUUUGGGCAAUAAUGUGACCUAUGUCAAUGACGGAGGCAAGGAGAUGUCCUUCCCGAAGAAAGUGCCAGAUCUCGACAUGCAUGCCGCUCAAGCGUGGAAGAUGAUGGGUGCCAACCCUUUUGAUGAUCCAGAAGAUGUGCAGAAGGACAAGGGACUGGUAGUGUAAAGUAGACCUGCAAAGAGUCACAUCGGCAGCAAGGAGGCCACAUCAGGACAGCUCAUUCCCGACACCAACGUCGACUAGUCCAGCAGCUAGAAAAUCAAAUACAACAUACCAUCACAACUAACAA